CAACUCUUUUUCCUGAUUUAAAUGUGAUGAAUCAGUGAUUUCAGUACAGUGAACAGCCAAAUGUGACAAUUUCUGUGGUGAAAAGCUUUGUUGGUGGAUUCACGUUCACAUCCUCAUCAUAGUUCACAGGUUCACGGUGUAACCAGCUCAUCUUUAACCAGGCCCAGAAGUUUGGUAUUUGAUAUAAUUGCAAGAAUCACAAGACAUGGAAAAUUAAAUGAUGGAAAUCCCAAUAAUGAGCAAUGUCUGUCUGUCGGUCAGAUUUUUAACCUCUUGUGCGUUUUCUUCAAAAACAUUUCUUAACUUUGUUCUCUUACCUCUUCCGGUCUUUUCCUCCUCUGCUCUCCCUCCAUUCUCAAACCUGGAUUUGCCUGGAACAAUGGAACUUCAAUCAUAAACUUUUUAGACAGAUAUUAAAACAUCUAUGUUGACUAUUCUCAUGUUUUUACAUUGAAAGAUUGGGCUUUGCUCAAAGUUCAGUUCACUUUCACCUCUGAAAAGAGGUGAAAAAGUGUCUGUUUUAAGUCUAAACUGCCAUUCUCAUUGCUCCUACUGUUCCUCCAUUUCUCUCCCUUUCCCUGCUUCAACUCAACAUGUUGUCCCUCUCUUCCCUCUGUCUUUGAGUUGGAACUUGAAACAUCCCUUCUUGGAUCUCGCAUGUUGUCUGGUUUGGUCCUUGUGCAUAUUUUUGCUUUGUCUUUUCAAACUAUGCCCCAUUUACAUUCUUGAAUCAUCUCCCCAAAACUGAAAACCCCAUUAUAGCAACAAAGUUCACCUCUUUUCAUCAAAGAAUUUGAACAUUCUUCUCUCACCCUCUGACCCUUUUGUUAUAGUUAAAAACAGUCAGAGAGAGAGAGUGAGUGUCUGGGAAGGUGUUUUGAGUGUGGUUCAAGUUCAAAAACAGUAAUGCCAACAACUACCAUGAGCCACCUCCUUCCUCUCCUUCUCCUCCUCCUUCUAUCCACCGUUACAGCCACUACUGCCUUCCACUACCACCGGCACCUCCUCCACCAACCUUUAUUUCCUUAUACCUCUCUUCCACCAAUCUACCCUCCUUCCUCAUCUUCCCCAUUUCCUUCCCCACAACCACAACCUCAUCACAACCAACAACAACAACCCAAGUAUCCAUUCUCCACAACUCCCCCUUCCACCCCUCAAAGUCCCUUCUUUCCUUCCUUACCUUCCCCUCCACCCCCUCCUCCGCCACCUUCCACACUCCCAACUUUUCCCGCCAACAUCUCCUCCCUUCUCAUACCACACUCUCCCUCCCCCGCCUCUCACCGCCGCCACCUCCUCCUCAUCUCCUUCUCCUCCGCCCUCCUUGCUGUUGCUAUCAUCCUCUCUCUCGUCGCCCUCAUCCUCUUCCUCCGCCAUCGAAACCACCAAAGCACUUCCUCUGACGACAAAGCUUCCCGUUCAGACUCCCUCCGCUUAUUCCCUCCCAACAUUUCUCCCUCAGAUGCCUCCCAAAAGGCACCUCCUCCACCACCACCGCAACAACCGCCACGCUAUGUCUCAACCAAUCGCAGCUCAGAGUUUCUCUACUUAGGCACCCUUGCAAACCCUAGAGUAGACCCAGAAAAAACAGCCCUUCCUAGCAAUGGAGGUAUAAAGCUGGGAGUUUCAUCUUGUCCUUAUCAAAAGCUUGGCUCUCCGGAGCUGAAUCCUUUGCCACCAUUGCCAAAAGUCCAAACUUUUCAAAGUGGAGAACAGCUUCUCCAAAAUGUGCAGAUGGGUAGUUCUGAAAACAAUGUUGAAGAUGAAGAAGAGGAGUUUUUUUCUCCGAGAGGGUCUUCAGGUAGAAGAGAGAGUCCACCCCCAGUAAGAAUAGGAUCAAGUUCAAGGAGGGAGUUUCAAGGUGAGAACUUUGGAAGUAGAAGCUUCAACUCAAGAACAGCUUCAUACCCUUAUUCGAACUCUUGUUCACCUUCAAAUUCAUUCUCGAACUCAAGUGCUUUGAGUCAGAGAUCCAAGUCUCCAGAUACUGUUGUUCCUAUCUAUACAGUGAGAAUAAAAAACCCAUCUUCAGCUUCAGCUUCAGCUUCAUCUACAAGGUUAUCUUCAUCGUCUUCAGAAAGGGAUUCACCGGACAGAGGUUCAAGUUUUUCAGUGCGGAACAAGGAAUCUCCAUCAAGGGUUGUGCUUAAAAAGUUGCCACCACCACCUCCUCCCCUUCCUCCACCUCGUUUUUGGGAGGUUCCAGUAGCUGAAAAAGCUAUUCCUGAAACUAAUUCUGGGGGGCCUCCGGUUCUUGUUGCACCUUCCAGGCCAAUGGUGUUGCAGAAUUUGGCUAUGAAUGAGCAGUUGAAGAAGAACGAGGGCUUAGAGAGGAGUGAAGAGACCUCGAAACCGAAAUUGAAGCCUUUGCAUUGGGAUAAAGUUAGAGCGAGUUCAGAUCGAGCCAUGGUGUGGGAUCAGAUAAAAGCAAGCUCUUUCCAAUUGAAUGAGGAAAUGAUUGAGACACUGUUUAUGGUGAAUAAUUCAAAUUUGGCCACCAAAGAUAAUGUUCGCAGGCAGAUUCUGCCUUCUGUGAAUCAGGAAAAUCGGGUGCUUGAUCCAAAGAAGUCUCAGAACAUUGCAAUUUUAUUGAGGGCACUAAAUGUGACUAUUGAUGAAGUCUGUGAAGCACUUAUGGAAGGCAAUUCAGACACUCUUGGGACAGAGCUUCUAGAAAGCUUAUUAAAGAUGGCUACUACAAAAGAAGAAGAGCGUAAGCUAAAGGAGUUUAAUGAUGAAUCCCCUUUUAAGCUAGGUCCUGCUGAGAAAUUCCUCAAGGCGGUGCUGGACAUACCUUUUGCCUUCAAGAGGGUUGAUGCAAUGCUUUACAUUGCUAAUUUUGACUCUGAAAUUGAGUACCUGAAAAGGUCUUUUGAGACUUUAGAGGCUGCUUGUGGAGAGUUAAGAAACAGCAGAAUGUUUCUGAAGCUUUUGGAGGCAGUCCUCAAAACUGGGAACCGCAUGAAUGUUGGCACCAACCGUGGCGAUGCCCAUGCCUUCAAGCUUGACACGCUCUUAAAGCUUGUUGAUGUAAAGGGCACUGAUGGGAAAACCACACUUCUACAUUUUGUUGUGCAGGAAAUCAUCAGAGCUGAAGGUUCUCGCCUUUCUGGUGCCAAUCAGAAUCUGAAAGCUGAAAAAAUUCAGAUAUCUGAAUUUCAAGAUGAUGUUGAAUUUAGGAAGCUUGGUCUGCAAGUUGUUUCUGCUCUAAGUGGGGAGCUGACCAGUGUGAAGAAGGCUGCUGCUAUGGAUUCAGAUGUUCUUAGUAUUGAUGUUUCAAAACUUGCGACUGGUAUCUCUAAAAUAAAAGAAGUUCUAAAAUUAAAUGAAGAUAUUGAGCUGAAAGACAGUGGCCACAAAUUCUCUGAGUCAAUGAAUGAGUUCCUGAAGAAGGCAGAGGAAGAGAUUGUAAGGAUCCAAGCCCAUGAGAGAGUUGCUCUUUCUAUGGUGAAGGAGAUAACAGAGUAUUUCCAUGGGAACUCAGCCAAAGAAGAAGCUCAUCCCUUCAGGAUAUUUAUGGUUGUGAGGGAUUUCCUUUCUAUUCUUGAUCAGGUGUGCAAGGAAGUUGCCAAGAUCAAUGAGAGAACAAUAUACAGUUCGGCACGUCCAUUGCCAAAUCCUGGCCAUCCCCCAGUUUUUCCCGGACUUAAUGUAAGGCAGAAUUAUGGAUCCUCUGAUGGUGAAAGCUCAUCAUCAUCAUCAUUAUAAUCAUAGUUCCUGAUCAAUGUCUCACAUCUGCAUAUGUGCUUGUGGGUAAAUCUCAUCAUUUUCAUCGAAGUUCCUGAUCCACGAAUCUUAUAUCUAUCUAAUCAGGUCCCAUUUCAUAAUGCAGCAGCCAAUGCAAAUAUGUGCUUGUGGGUAAUCUCAACAUACACAUGCAGCAGUCAAUGUAAUGUCUUAAAUAUAUUAGCUUAAAGGAUUUUGGAAGUUAUUUGCUAUGUGUAAUAUACCGGAUGUAAUAAACUAGUAUAGCUAAAAAAGUUAGAUCUAUCUUGUAAAUAAAUUGGUUACUCAAUUGAGGUUUAUGCUCAAUGAUAGAAGUUGAAUCUGUUGUGAUUUGAUAUGUACCUGCCAAAUAUUUGUUAGUACUGGAAAUCAAUGAGAAACAAGUUGUGAGUGCUGGGGACAACCAACUGAAGGCAUCGAUCAAUCAAAUCAAUGAUAGAGAUGCCAGUUCUUCUUGUGGUUGAGGCCUGAGAGUGCUUUGGACGGUCCUGGUUUCAUCUGGCACUCUUUUAUUAGAGAGAGAAAAGC